AUGGCAUCGGCUGGCACAAAUACCACGAGUUCUUACAAGGCGGAGCCGUCUAUUAGGAAGCAUGGUUCGGUCAACGACGUGCCAACGGAAGAGUUAGGCCAAAGUGUGACUAUUGACACCAACGGUCAAGACUUGAUUGAGAAUGGAACUAUCACUGCCCUUGGAUAUCAGCCCGCCUAUCGUCGAGUGCUGGGUGCAUUCGCCGGCUUCUGCGUGGUCCUGUCACUUACAUCACCUUUGGGGGCCAUCCUCGUUUCUGGGCAUUAUCCGAUCUAUUAUGCUGGUUAUUGGGGUCUUUCAUGGGGUUGGAUUCUUCCCAACCUCAUGAUGCUGCCUCAAGUCCUCGCCAUCUGUGAGCUCUGUUCGUCCAUGCCCGUCAAUGCAGGAUCCUACUGGUGGGCUGCGGCUCUGGCCCCGGCACGAUUCUCACGACCGGUUGCGUUCAUCACCGGGUGGUUCAACAUCUUGGCGCUGUCGACAGCGUUGGCUGCCUUCUCCUUCGCCGUUGCGUCCGGUCUCGCCCAAAACAUCAUGACAUUCACCGACGGUCUCGUCCUCGGCAAUGCGCACAUUAUGGGUUUUGCCAUGGCAACCAUCACAAUCUGGGCUGUCCUCAUGCUCCUUCGACUGGAAAACGUCAGCAUCCUCAUGAUGGUCACAGGCACAUUCCUUGCAGUAUCUUCGGUUGCCGUCAUAAUCGCCUUGCCCGUAGUCCAUUCCCAAGCUGGGCUGCCCUUCGCAGCUGCGAGAGAUGUCUUUGGCAGUUACAAAAACUACUCACCUUGGUCGGAAGCGGGAAUCGCCGUGCCUAUAUCCUUCUAUGGCGCGCUGUUCGUCAAUUCCGUCUGGACGGCCCCUGCCUAUGUCGCAGAAGAGACACACAAUGCCCGUGUCGAGACGCCACGGGCGAUGCUCAACUCCUACAUUGUUACGGCUGUGGUCGGCUGGGGCAUUUGUCUUGCAUUCGCCUUCUGCAUCAGCGAUAUGGAUACGCUUGUGCGAACCAACAUUGAUUUCCCCCUUUUCGAGGUGGUGUUUCGAGCCUGGGGCAAGUCAACCGCGGCGCCAUUUCUGCUCAUCGGUGCCAUUUUCUCACUCGUCGGCAGUAGCGGCAUGCUCCUGACCUACGCCACGCAAGUCGCUGCUUUUGCUCGUGACGAAGGUCUUCCUUACAGCAAAGAGCUAUGCAGCAUUCACGAGCGCACCAACAUGCCUCUGAAUGCCGUGGCUCUGCUCGUCGGCCUCUCGUACCUGUUCCUUUUGCCAGCACUGUCCACGAACGCCAGCGACAUCAUAUAUGCGAUGGCGACGAUGUGCAGCAUGAUCAUUUUAUGCAUCCCACUCCUCCUCCGUCUCUUUGCGGGAGAUCGAUGGAUUCCUGGUCCUUUCAACUUGGGCCGCUGGAGCAAGCCCGCGCAUUUCCUGGGCGUGUUGUUUUCUCUCUUUUUCUUCAUUACGCGCUGCUUUCCUCCCGACCCAGAGACCCCCCCUGCUCAAGCGAUCGUCUUGGUGGCUGUAGUAACUGUAGCCAUUGGAAGUUGGUUCAUCCGCGGCAAGAACUUCAAAGGACUGGAUCUAGGCGCUCUCGAAGCCUGGAGAUACGCUGCUCAUCACACUGGAGCAGGAUCAGACUGA